AACGUCCUCAAUUCAGGUCGCGCACAUGGCUCUGCUGGGAGUCGGACGAUCGUUUCUUAGGCAGAAGCGCGGCAAAGCCCUUUCCACCCGGCCCCCUGUGGGCAAAUGACUCUGGCCCCUCAGCAAGCAUGAGGUGGAAGGCAGUUUUGAACCAACAGGGCGUAAUCAUUAGAACAUUCAACUAAUUUCAUAAGAAAAGCCCAUCUGGAUCAGGCCAAGGCACAUCUAAACUAGCAUCAUGUGGCUCACAGUGGCCAGCAAAAUGAUGAUGGAAAGCCCUCACACAGAAUGUGGAACGAGGCCUCUUAUGGAUGAAACAGCUACAGGGAGCCGGAUUGUAGGUGGACGUGAUGCUAUCCUUGGGUCUUGGCCAUGGCAAAUAAGUCUUCAAGUUUACCAGUUUGGUACAGGAUAUCACCAUAUAUGUGGUGGAUCUUUAAUUAACAAUAACUCCGUGCUGACAGCAGCACACUGCACUAAACAUUGGAUGGACCCAGAGUUUUGGAGAGCUGUGAUUGGAUUGCACCAUCUUUAUAGAUACCAGCCUCAGGUUGUAAAGGCCCGUGUCAGUACUAUUAUUAUCCAUUCUGAUUAUGACAAGGUCACCUAUGAAAAUGAUAUUGCCUUGUUUCAACUAGAAAAGUAUAUUCCAUACAGUGACUAUAUUCAGCCCAUCUGCUUACCUAAAGCUCCUCUGACCUUGACUGCUGCAAACCAUUGUUAUAUAUCUGGAUGGGGAGCUACAAGGGAAAAAGGUAAAAAAAACCCAGCUAUACUGCAAGAAACUGAAAUAAACAUUAUUCCACAACACAUCUGUGGUAGCCCUGACUGGUAUUGGGGGAUAGUAAAAGAAAAUAUGCUUUGUGCUGGCAGUGAACAUGGAGGUGUUGAUAGCUGCCAGGGAGACAGUGGUGGGCCUCUGAUGUGCUAUUUCCCAGAUGUCACCAAGUUUUAUCUGGUAGGAAUUACCAGUUUUGGUGUCGGCUGUGGCCGGCCCAAACGUCCUGGAGUCUAUACACGUGCAGCUAACUACAGACGCUGGAUAGAGUGGCAGUUUGAAUAUAAUGUUUCAACCCAAAUUUCUGCAGGCAGCCCAAGUAGUACAAUCCUUUUGACUGCAGGGUUGAUAAGCUUGUAUCUUGCUCUAUGAAGAGGCAAAAUCUUCUUUCACUGUAUUAAGAUUAUCUUAGAUUGCUUUUUAAAUGUAGUAUUUUCUUGUUGAGAAUAAGUCUCUUCAGAAGAAUGUGUAUUCCCCCCUGCCCUUGUGUAUGUUUAAAAAUGUACUUAAUCUUAAUUUUAAAAUUUAAGAUCAAAGGCAGUGUUCAGUUACAUAUGUAAAGCAUGUUUUAUGGGCUAUGAACGACAUUAUGCUAAUUAUACUUUUCAGUGUGGGAUACGAAAAGGGAUAGGGUUUGCACUGAAACAGUAAUUCAGCAUAUGAUCAAAUUUGUUUUUCUCAAGGUAGAAGACUGAUAAUUUAUACAAUUCAAAUAAUAGUAUCCCAAAUAUGGAAUCUCUGUGUUUUGGAAUUUAGAGAAACAAUGUACAUAACAGGUCCCAAUUUUGCCAUAUUUAGUCCUAAUUUUUAAAAUAAAACAUAUACACUUGAAUCCA